GAGGCUGUCCAUUCUCACCUCUGCUAGUUUACUUUCUUUAAUAAGGAAAUAAUGCCUCUCUUUAUAAACCGUGACCAGAUAUUUGCACAUCAGGUCCACCUGCUGGAGCACAAACUGAGGAGUAAAGAGGAGCGAAUACUGGAGCUGGAGACAGAGAAUGCUAUUCUUCAUUUAAGACUUGCAGAGUGUCAGGGGAAACUCCGUCGGGACCAUGAUGAGGAAUCCAAGGCCCUUGAUGAUCAUCAGCACCAGAGGAGUGCACAGAAGAUAACCCAAUCAGCCCUCGCCAAACUGCUCUCUGAGGUCCAGGCUGUGAAGCAGGACUUGAGCGAACUUUUUGCAGUUUAUCUGAGUUUUUCCACUGAGCUGGAGGAGCAGAGCAAACAGCUGCUGGAAAAAGUAGCGCAAGCCAGCUCUUCUCUAAACGGCCACCAUGGAGACGAGAUCCAGAACUUACAAGCUGGUGUCGCAGCUCUGGAGCGCUCUCUGGAGGAGGAGAGGGAGAGGUGCAGGGCCGAGAGGCAGAGGAGGAAGGAGCUCCAUAAUGCACUGGUGGAGCUAAGGGGGAACAUCAGGGUUCACUGCAGAGUGCGACCAGUUCUACCCUUCGACCACGUCCAGUCCUCCACCUCUGGGUCAAAGCCUGCAUCAUCAGAAGAAGUGGUGUCUGUGAUCAGUGAUGACACGGUGACGGUGAAUUGCAUAAGAUCGGGGAUGCCAGUGCAAAACAAGAUGUUUGAGUUUGAGAGAGUGCAUGGACCAGAGGAUUCACAGGAUGCAGUGUUUGAGGAGGUCAAGCCGCUCCUCACGUCUCUGCUGGACGGCUAUAAUGUGUGUAUCAUGGCGUACGGGCAGACAGGCAGUGGGAAGACUUACACCAUGAUGGGAUCCCAGCAGCUGGAGGAGCACUCAGGGACGCAGCAGGAGACACAGCAGGGUGUUAUUCCCAAGGCUGCAGCUGAGCUCUUUCGGCUGAUCUCUGAGAAGCCUGCAGAGACCCACACGGUGGAGGUGUCAGUGAUGGAGGUGUACAACAACGAGGUGCUCGACCUUCUGGCCAGAGACGCGCAGGGCAAUGCCGCCGACCAGCGGCGGGACGUCAUCACUACCUCCUCUGGUACCAGCCAGGUCAUCUCCCUCACACAGGAGCCUGUGAGUAACGCCUCUGAGGUGAUGCAGAUCAUUAACAGUGUUCUGAAGCUCAGGGCUCACAGUCCCACCCUCAUCCACGCUGACUCCUCACGCUCUCACCUCAUUGUCACCCUCACCAUUUCCUCUAAGAGCCCCAACGCGCUGGCUCUGGCUCGCAGGCUACAGAGUGCCAAGGAGGACAUGCAGCGCUCCACUCAGAAGGAGUGGUGGAGCCCACGCUGUCGCCGUGCCAACCCCGCUGCCCGCCAAUCAUCUGAUGAUCGUCUCUUCGCGAGCACAGCCUCUUCUCCCUGCUCCCCUUCCCAUUCUCCGUGUCCUUCCCCGAGGCCGAGCCUCUCACAAGCUCCGUUCAGGACCAAGCUGCAGCUGGUGGACUUGGCGGGGAGCGAGUGUGUCGGUAUGUCUGGAGUUUCGGGUGCAGCUCUGUGGGAGGUGUCCUGCAUAAACCGCAGUCUCUCUGCUCUGUCUGAUGUCCUGGGAGCUCUGGCCGAGCAGAGACCACACAUCCCCUAUAGGAACAGCAAACUCACUCAUCUGCUACAGGAUGCCAUAGGUGGCGAUGCCAAGCUGCUGGUGAUGCUGUGUGUCUCUCCCACGCAGCGCUUCAUCUCAGAGUCUCUGCAGUCUCUGGGCUUUGGCACGCGGGCCCGUCAGGUCCAGAGGGAGCUUCCGCGAAGGAAGAAUAACACCCCCAAAGUUAAGUGACGAGACAGAGAAAGAGAUUUCAUCCUUUUCCAGAUGCCGUGGCAACAUAUGUUCUAUCAGUCAUGCCAACAGCAGAUUUGAGGGUGUAAGAUCCAUACCUGCAAAUUUGUUAUUUUUAUUUGAUAGAGUCUGUGGGCACUACUUAGUUUUAGAAGGUACUUUAACAUGGAAAUAGAUUGAUUUGGUUAGAAUUGCUCAUAUAUGGUUUUUUUGGUGUGUGUGUGUGUGGAAUAGAUAGCUGUCUAAAGCUGCAAAUACUUGUUCAAUCUCAAUUCCAAAAAAGUUGGGGCACUGUGUAAAACGUAAAUAAAAACAGGAAGCAAUGAUGUGCAAAUGCUUUUUGACAUAUUCAAUUUAAUACAGUGCAAAGACAAGAUAUUUAAUGUUCAAACUGAUAAACUUUUUUUUAUGUUAAUAUACACUCAGUCUGACUUUGAUGCCUGCAACACAUUCCAAAAACGUUGGGACAGGGGCCUGUUUACCACUGUGUUACGUCAUCUUUUCUUUUUAACAACACUCAGCAAGUGUUUAGGAACUGAGGACACUACUGAAGCUUUGAAAGUGAAAUUCUUUCCCAUUAUUGCUUGAUAUACGACCUCAGAUGUUCAACACUCCCGGGUGUCUGUUGUUGUAUUUUACACUUCAUAACGCGCCACACAUGUUCAAUAGGAGACUGGACUGGCCAGUCCAGUAACCUCACUCUGUUACUGUGAGGCCACGCUGUUGUUACGUACGGAAUGUGGUUUGGCAUUGCAUUGCUGGAACAAUCGGGGACAUCUCUGAGAAAGAUGUCAUCUGGAUGGCAGCAUAUGUUGCUCCUAAACCU